ACUUCCUCCAAAUCACACACCCGACCUGCUCAUGCUACUGCGCAUACUCAUACAUAAGCGGUCAUUUUCAAAGAUGGCGACCCCCAUAGACCUAGAAUUGAAAAAGGCCUUCGCGGAGCUGCAGGCGAAGAUGAUCGACACGCAGCAGAAGGCAAAGCUGGCUGACCUGCAGAUCGAGCAGCUCAGCCGCGUGAAGAAGCACGCUAACCUGACCAACGCCGAGAUCGCCACGCUGCCCAACACCACACGCAUGUACGAGGGCAUCGGCCGCAUGUUCAUCCUCCAGUCUAAAGAUGACAUCAACCGGCAGUUGAUAGAGAAACAGAAGACUGCCGAUGAGAAGAUCAAAGAACUCGAGCAAAAGAAGACGUAUCUGGAGCGCAGCGUGAAGGACGCCGAGGACAACAUCCGAGAAAUGCUCAUGUCCAGGAGGGCCCAGUGAUACACACACACACACGCACCCCACCCCAGAAACACACACACACACACACACCCCACCCCAGAAACACACACACACACACACACACACGCACCCCACCCCAGAAACACACACAGACACACACACACACACGCGCCCAUGCGCGCACGCACACAUGCAAGCACACGCACACACACACACACACACACACACACACAUACCCCCACCACUGAAACACACGUGCGUACGCACACAUGCACACACUCACCCCACACACACACCCACAAACAUGCACUUGUUUGUCAACACAUGCACACUCAAGCAGUUGAACAUGCGUAUACACACACAGUCACAUACAUGAACCCAAAUUCCAUUCAAUUAUUUAUUGUUGUUUUUCAAGCCACACCCUUCUGCAGAGAUUCUUCUGAUUGACAACCAUAGAUCACUUACUCUGCCAGAUAUCUGCAGAAGCAAGAUGAAGUACCUCCCUCACACUGUGGAUUCGAACCCGCAACCAUUCCACUGCAAGAUGCCACGACCUGUUAGCGGUGUGUCCAUUGGACUUGUCUAAAGUUCUAAAGUGCUGUUCUCAGUUCUGUACUCCCGAGAAAGCAGUAAAAAUGUUUUUAAUUCAGUUGAUCAUCCCAGAUAUCCUCUAGCUCAGGGCUGUGCAGUCCUGGGCAGAUCCAGAUCCUGGAGCUCCUGGAGAUCUGCCGUCCUGCCCCUUAAACCACAAUUCAGCACCCCUAAUUCUACUGACUAACAGCUCAGUGAGAUCUCUAGCUGUAGAAUGCAGCUGUGCAUUGUUAGGGUUGGAGUGAGAACCUACAGGAUGGUUGGUCUCCAGGAACAAGGUUGGGCAGCCCUGCUCUAGCUGUUGAAUGAGGUGUGCUUUGUUUAGGGUUUGAGUAAAAUCCUCCAGGGUGGUUGAUCUCCAGGAACAGGGUUGGGCCGCCCUGCUCUAGACGUUACCUAACCCAAUCCUCAGCGCCAAUCCUCUGUUACCGUUAUUUGCGUCCUCCUGUUCUGUAGAGCCAGAUGUUUGCAUUUACGGCAAUAAUAAUAAAAAAAGGUUUUGUGAGUGACA